AUGGCUGAACAAGACCAGGCGCGAUACUAUGCAUCCACGCAAUAUUUACUUCCUGCUGAUCAGGCAGAGACCAAAAGGUUGAAUGAACAACACCUUAUCGUAGUGAAGGCCUUUGAGAACAGAUUGUCUCUGGCACCAUUAACCCUGCACACCGGUGACAAAGUUUUAGAAAGUGCAGCAGGCAGCGGAAUCUGGGCACUCGAUUUCGCUCGAGAGAACAGUGCAAACGGCAUCGAGGUCGAGAUCGAAUGCAUCGACAUUUCCUUCAAGCAGUUUCCUAAUACCUUCUCUCCUCACCUCCAUUUUUCUGUUCACUCAGUCGUCAAUCUUCCUCGAGAGUGGUCAAACAUCUUCUCUUAUGUCCACCAACGACUUGUCAUUUUUGCAAUGAAUGACUCGCUAUGGCGUUCAGCCAUUAACGAGUUGCUUAGAGUACUUCAACCCGGAGGAUGGAUUGAACUAGUCGAGUUCGAGACUAAACGCUUCCAUUGGGGCGUUGGCCCCUCCUCUGAUAAACUCUAUUCCUUGACAGACAAGCUCUAUGCCGAGAAAGGAAUCAUCAAGAAUGUAUCUGACUACUUAUGCACUCUCCUCACGGAGGUGGGCUUUGUCAAUGUCCACUGUGAAACCCGAGAAGUUCCAGUUGGAGGAUUCGCGAAGCAAGUCGGGAAUGGAUAUACUGGUGAGCAUUGCGGGGAAGUUUGUAUGGCUAUGAAAGAACUAUUGGUAGAGGGAGGGGACUCUGGUGGUGUGACAGCAGAGGAAUUUGACGGUCUUGUGCAAGGUGCAGUUCGUGAAUGGAAUGAUUCGACGGAAGUGUACGUCAAAUAUUAUACGAUUUUUGCACAGAAGGCUAUGGCUUCAUGA